AUGGACUUCACAUGUGGUAUGCAGCAGGCGAAGCUCGCUGCUGGUCCCCCGGAAUUCUUCUUACAAUUGGAUCGAAUGGACCAGCAAGCUGAAGUCCGUACAAAAGACGAUGAUUGGACUGGCCGCACGAGUGCCGCAGAGCGAAGGAAACUCCAGAAUCGUUUGCAUCAAAGGAAGUUUAGGAAACAGCGUAGACCACGGAAGAUGCACGCAGCAGAGGCUACGGAAUCCAAUAGCCAGGAUAGUAGUAUCGGGGUCACUCCCACAGAUUCGGUCCAAGACGUCGUGCAUCUAGAGCCUGUAGACGUGGAAACAGCAUUGCCUUUCGCACAACAGGCCCAUUUAAUGCUUGGUAGAGAAGUGCGUCGAGGCAAUCAAGUAACCGCAGCCCAAGUACGACACCAGAUUGCCUAUUUUGAGAAUCUAGCAUCUCGAGAGCUCAGAGUAGGCUCUCCGCGGUCAGACCUCCUCCUCACCCUGAUACAAUUCAAUGUCUUCCGUGCCCUUGUCAACAACACAUUCGCAAUGGGCUUUUCUUUCGACUGGCUCAGUGUUGAAGCACAGUCACCUUUCAACAUAGCUCCACCCGCAAUUUUCGACUCACUCACCCAGUACCCGCCGAAUCUCCGGCCCACAGCUCUCCAGAUAUCUACCCCGCACCAUCCAUGGAUCGACCUUUUCCCAUUUCCUGCCCUUCGAGACAAUAUGCUUGCUCUGGAAGAAGAUUAUGAGGACGGUGAUCUGUGCUAUGAUCUGGUUGAGACAUGUCAUGCGCCCAGUGAGAGGAGUGGACUUAUAGUCUGGAGUGAUGCAUCGAGACCGGAGAGCUGGGAGGUCACAGAAGAAUUUGCUAGGAAGUGGGGAUGGAUGCUCCGAGGAUGCGAGGAUUUGAUGAGGUCGACGAAUAUGUGGAGAAGGCAGAGAGGAGAAGAUGAUUUGUUUGUUGAAGUGUUCGAUGGGCUGUCAGUAACCGAUGUGUCGGACUCAAUGACAGAAGCUUCUGAUGGAGUUCUAUAA